GGCGAUACAGCACGAGACCCUAGCGUGGGAACUUCUCGUCGGGUUUUACGAAACGCGAUUUGAGUGGCGGCCACCGUACCGCCGCGGGUCCCCCCGCGAUGUCACUGUGUGGUGUGGGGGUCAGAGGGCGGACGCACGCGCUCGGGCUGCUGCUGUGUCGGGGGCGGCAGCCGGGGCGACUACGCGCAGCGUGGGGAGGGCGGGGGCUGGCUGCUACAGCACCACAAACUACAACUCCGCGCAAAACUUUAAAGCGUUUAACGUCACCUUCGACGCACGCACUGAACGCCGUCGGCGGCUCCCGCGCCCGAGGAUGCGGCGACGCGUGACGAGUGGGCCGAGGUCGGCGCUUCGAGACGAGGCAGCGGCGGCGGCCGCAUCUCCUCCGCCUGCGUCGCCGUGACCUUGGUGAGCGCGCGCGCGGCUCAGCCUCGCGGGUCUUCACCCUACUCAGCCAAGGCUCCAAGCCAGCAUGGCGUCGCUCGGGAGCCGGCAACUCCUCCUGACUCUUGCUGUGGCUACCAGGCAUCGGAUGCCACCCUCCUCGGUCAUUCGUGUCUGGGCGUCCACGGCGACAAGCGGCCGCAAUAUUGACAGGGAAGUUGGAAUUGACGGGCUCGGUGGUCCUAGUCUAUACUCGUGUGCCAAGCAUCGUCUUCACUCAAAAGCAGCUCCUCCUUGUAACUCCCGGACACUCAGGAACUCGGCUACUCGGGUGCCCGUUGUGGUGCCGAGGAACUGCUCGAUAUCCCUGUCCAGGAGCUACUCGCUGAGCAGCAGGAGCGCCACGUCGGAGCUAGACGCGGUGCAGCAGGUCCUGUCCGCCUCGGACCAUGUGUGGAGGGAGGAAAUGGACGAAGCCGAUUGCUACGACCCCCAGGUGGACCCGCGCCGUUUCCAGCGCGUGUCCGACGACUACGCGGAGCUGUGCUGCUGCGCCGAAGACGUGGGGUCGACUCCGGUGUCGCUGGACGAGGCGCAGGCUGUGCUGGCUGAGCUGCUGUGCAGGCGGGAGCACGCCCACGCCCACGAGCUGCUCGUCUGCCUGCAGGCCGUCGGCGGCGUAGAGGCCUGGUACCGCCGGACCCUGCACAGGGACAGCCGCUUCAAAGUUCUCCUCGGCCUAGUGUCGAGCAAGGUGGGCAACAUGAACGGCCGGGAGCUGGUGAGCACCCUGACGGUGCUCUGCCGCACCGGACUGAGCCCCACGCACCCCCUGUACGCCAAGUGCGAGGCGGAGCUGUGCCGCCGUGCCGACGACAUGAGCUUGGAGCAGCUGCUGCUGGUGGCCGACGUUUGGAGGCUGAUCGGCUACCGCGCACCUCGCUUCCUGGAGCUUCUGUUCGCACGCGCGAUGCGGGACUGGGCCGGGCUGAGCCGGCCCUGCACGGUGCAGCUGCUGUACAUCGUGGGCGAGAAUCGCGGCGCGCCGGAUGGCCUCGUGAGCAAGCUGGAACAGCUGGUGGUGCGGCACGUCAGCGAGAUGACUGCCGAGGAGGUAGGCGCCAGCUGCCUCGCGUUCUUCAAGUCACGCCACAAGGUGUUGGCGCAGACGAUGCAGCAGAUCGGCGACAAGGUGACGACCGACAUGCGCAGCAUCAGCAACUUCGGCCUCAUCGGGGUGCUCAAGCUGUUCCGGCUCACGCACUUCGACCACGUGCCCUUCCUCCGGCGCCUGUGCACUGUGGUGCCGACACGCUUGCCCGACCUUGGGGUACAGGGCGUGAUGCACGUGGCGCUCGCCUGCGCCGCGCUGCACUACCUGGAUGAGCCGCUGAUGCGUGCCUUGGCGGCGCAGGUGAAGAAGCGCUCCAGCUUCGGCCGGAGCAAGGACCUCGCCAAGCUCCUGUGGGCAUUCGGGUCGCUGGCGUGCGAGCUGCCAGGCGCCACUGAGGACAUGUAUGCUGCGCUGGUGCAGCUGCUACGAGAGCGCAGCGCGCAGUUUGAGCGCUACCCCCGGCACAUGGUGACGGCGCUGCUGGCGCUCGCGUUCACCGGCCGCUUCCCCCAGGACCUCUUGAACGAAGUGCUGAGCCCGCGCUACAGCAACCUCCUUGAGCAGAGGACCAAGGAGGAAAUGAGGGCAGACCUCUACACGUUGGACGCAUCGGUCGGCCUGGAGUGCCCGGGCUACGCCGGGAACCGACUGGACAGAGUCACGCGGCAGGAGAUGUGGCACAUGAUGCAGAACAAGCUGACGAUGGCGGCACUGACGAGGCCGGAGGUGAGCAAGGCGCUUGAGGCGCUGGCCGUGGUGCUGGGCGGGAGCCAGUUGGCUCAAGCUCACGCGGUGCUCCCGCACUCGCGAUCCUAUGACAUUGAGGUUCACUUCGACGAGAGGGGGCGGCCCGUGCCCUUCGUUGCCGAAGACGUCGAUGGCGAGCAUUUGAUGGCCAUUGCUGGGAACCAGCAUGAGCCGCCUCAGCGGUUUGAAACGCAGCCAAAGCAGGUGGAAAUCGCAGACGAGCUCAUCUCAAAGUUGUUCAGGGGAAAGAGUGCGGGUGCCUCUCGCGGCGAUCCAAAUGUUCGCUCCCAAAAGAGCCCACUGGUCGAGUCCCUGACCAGAGCGGCUGGCCGGGUGCCCCUAACGGCCAGCCUCGUGCAGGCGCUGACCAACAGGGAGCUGCCGGAAAGUGGAAGGUCCCCCGAUAGUGUCUGUGUGAAUGAGCGUGCUACUUCACAAUAUCAUCAGCAGCAGGGCCCUGUGAGAAAGGUGGCCAUGCAAGUGACGAACCACAACAACUACCUGUACCGCAUGCAGAGGCACACGGGGCUGCAAGCCAUGAAGCGACGACAGCUGCUACUGAGCGGCUACACGGUGGUAGAGAUCCCCUACUGGGACUGGAUGCCAAUGCUCAAUGAGCCCUUGAAGAAUCGAGUGGCCUACAUUGAGAGGAAACUUAAUUUUUGUAGAGUGGAGUGACAGGUGUGUGAGGAGACAUGAGAGGAGAAACUCGUGCCAAACAGAGAUGUCGGCGACCAGCCAGAAAUUAAGUCCAUGGGCAUGUGGAUAACAUCUUCCAAGGGUCUUUAAGACAGCAGUACUGAAUAGCAGGUUCCCAGACAUUGCUGUGCACAAGCUUGGAUUAUUCCUUUGUAUACAUGGGUUCUCUCUGUAUACGUCAGUUUUCUCCCACAUUCCAAAAAAAUGUUGGUGAAGCUUUCCUGAAUAAAUUACCCUCUUUUUUUCAGGCCUUUGUCAAUCCACUGCUGGAUGAAGGCCUCCUCGUGCCUUGUCGGUCACGGGAAUUGUUUCACCAUACUUCAUACUGGUUUGUGCGGGUUGGUGAAGGGUGUGGAGAAGGAUGCAGGAUCGUUUUACAUAUUGCUUGCCACUGAUGUUAGCCGUGGCUGGGAAUCUACCUCAGGUCAUGGAGUUCAUAGUUCAUUCCACCAACCAUGGCACCACUGUUCCUCAGAAUAACACUAUGUAUUAAAAUACUACUGUCCAUCCAGUGUUAAUCUGUCAUCACUGACCGAUCAGAACACUCGUAUUGGUCCAUCAUCACUGAUCAGAACGCUCUAUGGUGUUGAUGCAUCCUCACGAAAGGCAAUGUAACCUGCGUUGUACACCCUUCGAUUUGCCAUAUUAUUUCCCGCCAAUGCUGGACCAGACGGCGAGCUCAACUUGGGGAACGUGGGGCAGGUGGUGGGAAUGACACGUUAAGUGGGAAAUGCAUUGUAUUGAUUGAGUGGCUGCUUAUGUGAAAUGGGAAACAUAAAGAUUUUAUUUGAACCUC